UGUAAAUUUAAGCCAGUUGAUAUUAGCCAAAUCUAAUAUGUAAAAAUACUACCUAUUUAGGCAACUAAAUUACUGGUUGAUGUCACUCUUUUUUUUUUUUUUUAUUCUUCUUUUCUUGGAGGCUGAAACAAAAAUAAAGGGGAAACAGACCACCAAACCUUAAACCAUAUCAUAUCUUUUGAUACUGUUCAACUUGAUAUACAAACAAUAGUAGACGAUCAUGUAUUUCAAGAGUAUAUUAUCAUUCUCAUUCUUCGCAUGGUUGACCAUAGCCAAAAACGUGGUUGAUUUGGAUGAAUUUAAACUUGCUGUACAACGAGAAAUUCAAAAUGAAAAAAGAGAUGCUAAAUUCGUGGUUGACCUUGAAGCUUUGAAACAAGCUGUUAAAGUCGAAGCAGAAGGUCUUAAUAAGAGAGAUGCUAAGAAUGUGGUUGAUUUAAAUGCAUUCAAGAUUGCUCUUUCUGAAGAAGUUAAAGCUGGUAAAGUCUCCAAGAGAGCAGCUAAAUAUCUUAUUGAUUUAUCUAAAUUUCAAGAAGCUGUUAAACAAGAAGUUGAUUCCUUUGAAAAGAGAGAUGAACAAAAUCCUUUCACUUUUAUUAUUGAUGUUGAUGAUUCAAACCUGAAUAUUUUACAAUCUGUCUUACCUCAAAUCCAAUCAAUUUCAAUCAUUUCAGGAUAUAUUAGAGAUAAUGAAGAAAUCUCAGUUAAGACUGAAUUAACCAAUGAAACCAUGGUUAUUAUCGCUCCAACCAAUGAUGCUAUUUCCAAUAACUUGGGUGGAUUGAAACCAUGGGAAUUCCCAAACCCUAUCACUGAUAAAAUGAGUGAUGAAACCGUUGAAAAAGUCUUAUAUAAAAACAUUGAAUCAUUCUUACAAAAUCAUAUUGUAAGUAAUUUUGAACAAAAUUUAAUUAUAAAUAAAGAAGAUAAAUUGAUUGAAACCAAUUUAAUGAAUGGAGAUUUAUUAAAAAUCAAACAACAUGAAGAAACUGAACAAUUUGAAGUUCAAGUCAUUAGAAAGAAACAUAAGAAGAGUACAGGUUGGAUCCCAGUUCAAAUGGUUAAACAAGUGGAUAAUGGAUUCAUCUUUAUUAUUGAUGAAACUUUAGUUAAACCAUAAGUUUAGGGAUGGUAGGUAUUUAUUAUUUUUUAUUCAGUUCAAUGUGUUUUGGGUCUUUCAUUUAUUGUUAUAGUUUGUUUUUAUCGUUCAUUUUCUCUUUUUGUUCCCUUUUAUAUCAUAAAUAUAUGUUAUUUUAAAAUGUAAAAAGAUUUUUCUUAUUAGAAAACUAAAUAAAAAUGUAAUGUAUCGAAAACAGACAAAAGUAUAUAAAGAGAUAUAGAGAGAGGCGACGAGGAGUGAUAAUUAAACAUAAGGACGACAAAACAGGAAAGCUAACAUAAAAGUAAAAGUAAAAUAACGAUGAAAUUAUCAAGAAUUAAAAUAUCUAUUCGUUUAACACAUUAACACCAGUUUCUUCAAUCUUAUUACCAGAAAUCACAUAUUCAACUUUCCAUU